GGGCUCGAUCGGCGGGGGCUGCCAGGAGGUUCAGGCGGAGACAGCAUCCUCCGUGCUCAGGCCAUCAGCGCCGAGCUCGGCCUGAGGGUCCAACUGAAGCCCUAUCCGGGGGGGGUGGGGGGGUCUUGAAGAGGAUUUAACCCCGGCCUUAGCGGUGGAUGGUCGUGGAGGGAGCCGCUUCUACCCGGCCGCUUAAGCAGCAUCUGUCGGGGCUUUUUUCCCCCUCCUCCAGAGCAGGUUAGCGGUCCCCUUUUCUUCUGGAGCCAGGAAACACCGAGCAGAUCUAAGCGACAUAGACCGGCUGGAGGAGGCUGCAGGGCGGCCCACAGAUUGCCCCGUUGACAGGUUGUCAUCAUGGGCAACGCGCCCACAGCCAGAAAGGGCAGCGAAAUGGAAAGCGUCAAGGAGUUCCUUGCAAAAGCCAAAGAGGACUUCCUCAAGAAAUGGGAGAAUCCUUCACAGAACACUGCUAGCCUGGAGCAGUUUGAGAGGUUGAAAACCUUGGGUACGGGCUCAUUUGGCCGCGUCAUGCUGGUGAAGCACAGAGAAACGGGACAGCAUUACGCCAUGAAGAUCCUCAAUAAGCAGAAGGUGGUGAAGCUCAAGCAGAUAGAGCACACCCUAAAUGAGAAGAGGAUCCUCCAGGCAGUCAGCUUCCCUUUUCUGGUGCGGUUAGAGUAUUCAUUUAAGGACAACACCAACCUUUACAUGAUCAUGGAAUAUGUUCCAGGUGGAGAGAUGUUCUCCCACCUGCGGAGAAUUGGCAGAUUCAGUGAGCCACAUGCUCGUUUCUAUGCUGCUCAGAUUGUGUUGACCUUCGAGUACCUGCACGCUUUGGACCUGAUCUACAGAGACUUGAAACCUGAAAACUUGCUCAUAGACCAACAGGGCUACAUACAGGUUACAGAUUUUGGCUUUGCCAAACGGGUGAAGGGCCGGACCUGGACACUGUGUGGCACCCCAGAAUAUCUGGCUCCAGAGAUCAUUCUCAGCAAGGGAUACAACAAGGCAGUGGACUGGUGGGCGCUGGGUGUUCUGGUCUAUGAGAUGGCAGCGGGGUAUCCUCCUUUCUUUGCCGAUCAGCCGAUUCAAAUUUAUGAAAAGAUUGUAUCAGGGAAGGUGCGUUUCCCAUCUCACUUCAGCUCCGACCUGAAGGACCUGCUGAGGAACCUUUUACAGGUGGAUCUCACAAAACGCUUUGGGAACCUCAAAAACGGAGUCAACGACAUAAAAGGACAUAAGUGGUUUGCAACGACUGACUGGAUCGCCAUUUACCAGAAAAAGGUGGAAGCUCCUUUUGUUCCGAAGUUCAAAGGACCGGGCGAUACCAGCAACUUUGACGACUACGAAGAGGAGGAGAUCCGGGUCUCCUUUAACGAGAAAUGUGCCAAGGAGUUUGCUGAGUUCUAGCAUUAAAGCAGAAAAAAAGAAUGAAAUAGGGAAAGUCUAAGGUAGGCUGGUCAAACAGGAGAGAAGAAAAGCGUCCUGUCUCCUGUCCAAAUAUGGACACCAGCUACGAAAAAAGGGAAAAAUCGCAUAGAGGUGUGAAAAGAAGAUAGCAGACCGAUAACCAGCAGUGUUGCCUUUUCUGUUGCGUUUCUGUUGUAUUUAGUUUGAUGUCGUCUUAUUUAUGAAUCCCUUUAUAAUGACGCUGUGUUUCAUGGGUGUCGGGGGACGCCGCUAACUUAGAGUUGCCUCUACGCAUUUUCACCCCAGAUCUUCCCUCCUCUGCAGUCAUUCCCGUCCUGUUCUUUUUUCGCGCCACAGCAAAGAAACGUCGACCAAUCAGCGCGCCAUUCGUCACAUGAGCGUGCGCUAAAGACGCCAUGGGUUUAAACCAAGCAGGAUUCACCAUGCCUACACAUCAAUGCCCUCAUGUUGUAUGCUUCUUAAUUUCUCCCGUCCAUCUCAUAGAGAAAACAGUUAGAAGGCGAUAGGGGCUAAAAGAGAGACGACACAAAAAAAUAAAAAAUCAGGUACAUCUAUUGUGCAACUCCAUCUACGGCUCUUAUUAUUGUUAAUAUAUAUUUAAAAACUUUGUACAUAUCUGCCGUACUCCAUUUUUAAAUGUUAGUAAGUACUUAGUGGCUCCAGUGAAAUCAUAUCACGCUGACAUACAAUGAAAUAUGAAUCAAAAAAGAGGAUUUCUCUCAGUUUUAACGGUGUGGGAGAAAAACCGACCACAUAAUGGAAACUCAGGUUUUGAACAUAUCACUUAACAGGCAAUUAUCUCCAUAAACGUCUAAGGAUCAGCAGGUGAAUCUCGGAUUAUAGAUUUGAGAAUUUGAAGUUGUGGUUUAAAAAGAAAAUCAAAAGGGAAAAAGAAAAGGGACUAUUUUCGGAGUUUUAGUUGGCGUCUUCCACACUUAUCCCUUCCAGAAUAUUCGGUCGGUUUUUGAUAAAAGUACUUCCUGUUUCAGAGCUCAUGUAUUCCACGGGAAUUGAAACAACCGCUCGCGUCCCCCACCCCCCACCUCCCCUAACUUUUAGAGACCCUGUGAGACAGAAGACCUCUGACUGCUUCUGGCUGAGGGUCGUCAGCGCUUCGAUGUGUGCGGACAGCGGUCAGGAUCGCGUGCUUCAUCUUGACCGUCACUGUUUGUUCAUAUCACAGAGGAGGACGGCACCACUCUAUUAUCAUUCUGUGGUUUAGAUCACACCCUACUUUUGCUAAGUUACUUUUUAUUUGUGUGUAUUGCUGUUCAAAUAAAGGAUUGGUACUGUACUUAACAGGUCGGAGGUGGGUGAAACACCGCAAGGUGAUAAUACAGCAGGGAAAAAAAGUGUUGAACACAUCUUUCCUGAGUAAAUUUGUUUCCAUUCAGGCUAUGGCUGUAAUACUCACACCAGAGGCUGCUAACAACCCAAAUAAUCUGCACAUAAAAGAAAUCAAAGCAAUGCAGUCUAUAAAUUAGGUUCUCUGUAAUCCAGCUGAAAUGUAUUAAACAUUAAGAGGAAAAGCUUUAGACACUGAUGACAAUUUUAAGACGUCACUGUUGCAUUUCUCUGAUGGAAUUUGAAGGCUUCUUUGAUGGAAAGUUUUCUUCAACUCUUCUUGGAAAGUUUUCUCUGCUCUGCAGUUUUUAGAUUAUGCUCAAGUCAAGUGAUUGGUUGAGACAAUCUGAUAGAUUUCUGCCUUUUUCUAAUUUCUUUCUGUACCACAAGUUUUCCCAUGGCUUUUUUUCCCCUACUUUGCAGCAUAAGCUGAUAUCUUUGAAAACUUGAGGAAAUGUGAGCUUGUCUUGCAAAACCUCAGGUUAUGUCAUGUCUUUGAAGUAUUUGUGCUCUUUCUUUUUGAGCUUGUGGUGGAGAUCAAUGGGCUGUAAUUCCCUGUACUGCUGUCCCAUGAGCAGCUAUGUCACUUUUUCAAAAUUUCUUGUUUAAUUUCUUUUUUUUCUUUUUUUUUUUUAUAAGAAUGAUCAACUGGCCCUCUGGGAAUGAACUUUUAUUGCUCUGAGUGCCUCUAAAUGUUAAAAUAGGUAUUAGUUUGAUUAAUCACAGUAAAAACUAAAGCUGAGUUAAUAUUGUAGCAGCGCCAUCUAUAAAUGCGGAGCAUUCAUGACGUGCUGCUAAUGUGGCAAUUUUUUAGCUCAUAUGAUUCAUUUGUGUAUGCUCCAGUGUUAAAUGUGUAGGGAGGAGAAACAGGAGCAUUAUUAAGAAUUUAAACAUGACCUCUAUUAAAACAAAAAAGCAAAUAUGCAAUAUCAUGACAGGGGUUAUUAAGAGGUUUGGGUACAUUUCUUCUUAGAAAUGCUACCAUUCCCCCAGCAUUUCAGUGGUUUGUCCAAAUAUUCUGCUUUUCCUUCAGCAGUUGAGUCUUGCGCAGUGAAUCUGCAAAAAAGACCUUGUGGUUAAGUUAAAAAGCAAAAACAAACAUUGGAUUUACUGAUUUUAAAUGAUCACAGAUGUGCUUUAGGAUUGGUUAUUUGCUUUUAGACAACUUUUCUGAUCAUGCUUUUCAAUCCUUUGUCAGAAAAAAUGCAAAGAACCAGUCUCUAAGUGUGUUUGGUAAUAAUAAGUGUCUUGAAAUUAGGGUCAGGGUCAUCAGAAAGACAAACCUUAGGGCAUCAACUAAAUCAGCUGCCAUUUUUCUUUAUAUGUUUUCAUUCGUUGCCUUUUUCCUUCUACUUUAUAACAAAUAAUUUGAAGACUGUGCAAUUUGCAUUGAUCUCUUUGUGAGCUUGAAUUACUUGGGUUGUUACAAACAUCCAACUUUAAUUUGUGAUCAGUAGCCCCUCUAGAAAUGCGUUUACAGAGAAGAACAAUGUUUGAUGAUUGUUUCUCUUGCUAUAGCUUGUUAAAAUGUAUUUUUUGUGCAGAGUAAACAAUCUGAUGAUUUGAAGUUAAUGACCUCAGGUGUUCGGGGUUCUCUUUGCUUGGAACAGUUUGAAAGCAGAGCAUUAUGACCAGAAAGGAUUUAAUAAUUAGUGUCAGCUGUAAGAUAAAAUGAAAUGAGGCUGUAAUGUCAUCUUAUCAGCUUAUCGGGGAUGUGAAAUACUUUAGACUGACACAAAGAAUUCCUCUCAUCGUAUUUUUAUGUUAUGAAUCGCAAAUUUGUCAAAUGAUAUCAGAAAUGAGAAAACAAAAUAGGCCUUUGGUUUAAACACAUAUUUGCAAAGUUUAAUAGUCUAUGUGCAUCAUUUGUAAAUUUGAGUGAUGUUUGAAAUGACCUAACAUGAAGGAAUUACACCGGUGGACUAGUCAGGUUCACAAAAAAAAAAGGAUUUGUUUUAUCGUCAACCACAUGUGUCUCUAAAGAUUUCCUCUGUCUACAUUCAGCCCCAGAUUUAAACUGCAGUCAUUUGGAUUAAAUACAGAGAAACUGUAGGUUGUAGCACUUUAUCAUGCUGAUACAGUGGAAGUCCUGACUCUCAAUUAAUCUAAGACAACUGACAUAUAUAUGGACAAAUAUGUUGCCAUCCCUGGUAAAGAUGUUUGAAAAAAACUGAUAAAUAAAUAUACCCGCUACGGAAUUAGAUCCUAUGUGAAGAAAUAAUUUGUUUUUUCCCCAGUUGUAUACCACAGCAGCAUUCACAGUGAGAAGACUUCACCCAUUCUUAUUCAUAUUUUCCAUCGAAGGUCUUGAAAUAAUAAUAUCUAUUUUUUUUUUUUUUUAGACAUGUCAAAGGCAGCAGAUGUUUUUGAAAUAAGGCUAAUGGCUUAUGGAGAGGUUGUUAAGGAAACUGCGCUACACCUCCAUUCCAGAAGGUGGUGGUACCUUCCGUCGCCUAGAAGCCAUGACAGCCUGAACCACAGAGCUGUAAACUCCUAAAAAUUAAACCCCAAAAGUUUACAUUCCAUUUGAUUUGUAUUUUAAAUACAUCUCUGCUUAACUUUUGACUCAAAUAUUGAUUAUUAUUAAUCUGAGAUGGAUUAAUGAGUUUUCAGGUCAGUGUACAGUACUUUAGUCAGGUAGCCUAAAAGUCUUUUAGAGUAUCCUUGUGAGCUUUCUGUUUGCACUGCUCUGAAAGGCCACAGAUCUGCAUUUACAGGUGGCGUUCUGUGUCACAGAAAGUCUAUUAUAUCAAUCUGCUGUUGUCCCACCCCCCCUAUUUGAAUAUUUGAACAAUAUUCAAAUAAAAUUUUAGAUUAUUAUAUAAGUGGGAUUUUUUUUUUUUUUUUUAACACUUGUUUACCAGGGGGGGCAAUAAAAGUGUAUUUGUCCACAGUCUUGUCCAUCAUUUAACACAUAAAUGGUCAUUUUAGUGCAUCUGCUGAUGUUAAUGUGAAAUUCCUAGUCAAAUAAGUUUUGGUUUGCAUUAUUAUUAGUAUUAAUAAAGUAUUAACAGAACCACCAGAAUAAGUGUGUCAGAUGUUUGCAGACUGUAACAUCGUUACCUCAUGAUUUAUCUUUUAUGGAAAGACUCUAAAAUCUCAAUCCUAGUUAUGGGAUAGGUGAAUGAUGCACUUCACUGCUGUUUAUUUUUAUGCAUCACGGUUUGUUGAACAGUAGGAAACUCAUUUCCACAAUAAAUCUGGGGCUUCUUUAAUUUUUGAUGCAAGGCUUCUAGUUUGAGUUAAAAAUUGUUCUCAUACCUUGUAACCUUCAGUCUCCUGGAACCUUUUUUUUUUUGUUGGUUUUUGUGCUUUUUCUUGAUAAAUCUGAAGAUCAAUGGCCAGCCUUCUGGUACUAACAUCCUCAGAUUGUUCCUUCAUGUCAGGUUAAGUAUGCAGCAUCCCUGACACACUGUCGCAGACACAACUUCUUGUCAUUGCAGACACAAUGCUGGUACAUAAGAGCCUAUUGUUGCACUUUUUAGGGAAAUGAGACCUCCCUCUUCCCCAGCCAGUGUAAACCAUACCUAUCCCUGCCACACGUACACACACUAAACGCUCUUGCGAAGGGAAGCAUCUAGACUCACGGGAACGAUGACAUAAAACACCAUGUGUAAUAUUUUGCAACAUGAGUAUCAUUCCAAUAAAGUUUUACUUGUAAAAUCUCCACUGAA